AGUGGGAUAGUUCAGCUGUCAGAGGGGCUUGGAAAAGCUUCCCUCAAUCUGCUCAGCUGCUAACAGCCAUGAGUGACUGAGAACACUUGUUAAAUAUAGCCCAGGCAGACUCUGCUACACUCAGAGCUCUACACUCCUGCCCAGGAACAAAAGGGAAAAGGCAGGGUCCUGGGUACUGACCAAGGCUAUAUUCCACUUAUCUACCCUCCUCUCCAUCUAACUUUGGAUAUCUCCAUUUGAAGGAAAAACGGACUUUUCAAACAAAAGCAGCUCUGACCACCUCCUCUUGCUUGCUGGUCUCUCUCUCUCUCUCUCUCUCUCUCUUUCUUUUUUCUCUCUCAUCCUCUCAGUUUGUGAAAAGACUCUGCCGGCCCAAACUUCUGGAGAGGACAAAGCUUGGUAUUCAUCUUCAGACGCCUCUUGCAUUGCCUCUGUUGCCUUGACAGGAGAGAAGAGGGGAAACAAGUUAUUAAAAGAGAAAAGUAAGAGGUGAGAGUAUAGAUCAUCUACGUUUGAUAUGUCUCUUUUUGACACACGUAGUCAAGGUAACUGAAGAACACUGAGACAUUGAGGUGAGACUGUUUUUACUCUGGGACUUGAUUCUCAGUAACUGAGAUAUUCCUUUUUGACCUGUCGUCACCUGUGAUGUGGUACCAUUGAGAACAGGUGAGAAUGCGCUCCAGGUGCAGCACAGCCAUGGAGGGCCCAGACGACGGACAGAUAAACCAGGUCACCCAGCCCACCAAAGCCUUCCCCAAAGAGGAGGGGGAGAACACACCAGACCUGGUGAAAAGGAAAAUGAAGGUCCAGCGGGAAGAAAAAGAGGGGAAGUCAGUGGUGUCUGGAACAGCGAGAAGGCCCCAGACAAGCACAGAGAGCAGCAGAGGACAAAAGAAGGCAGCAGGGCUGACAGAUCUCUCUAAGGAGGACCUUCUCCGUCUGCUGGGAGUCAUGGAAGGAGAGGUGCAGGCCAGAGAGGAUAUCAUCCACAUGCUGAAGUCAGAGCGUCCGAGACCUCAAGCCCUGGAGGCCCAUUACGGCUCAGCUGCCCCCAUCAAACCCCUCCAGGCCCUGCAGAGAGACAGCAUUCUGACCAACACUACAAUGCUUGGGGACAACGUCUAUGAGAUGCCCAUGCAAGAGUUGGACCGGCUGGAGGACAAGCAUCGCGAGACGUACAGGCGUAUGCUGGAGCAGCUGCUGCUGGCCGAGAAGUGUCACCGCCGCACGGUUAAUGAGCUGGAUAGCGAGAAACGCAAACACACAGACUUCAUGAACAAGAGUGAUGACUUCACUAACCUGCUGGAGCAGGAGAGGGAGAGAUUAAAGAGGCUGCUGGAGCAGGAGAAGGCGUACCAGGCUCGUAAAGACAAGGAUCACAGCAGGAGGCUAGAGAAGGUCCGUGAGGAGCUGGUCAAACUCAAGUCCUUUGCCCUGAUGCUGGUGGAUGAGCGGCAGCUCCACAUUGAGCAGAUCGACCAGCAGAGCCAGAAGGUCCAGGACCUCAGCAGCAAGCUCCAGGAGAGAGAACAGCGUCUGGCCGCUGUACACGGCACCGCCAAGGAGGACGGCCAGAAGGUCCUCAGACUAGAGGCGGAGCUGGAGUGCAAAGCUGCCAAGUUCACCCAGGAGCAUGAGGAGAUGACUGACAAGUUGGCCAACCAGGAGUCCCAGAGCCGUCAGCUCCGCCUGAAGCUGGCAGGCCUGGCCCACAGGAUCGAGGAGCUGGAGGAGAACAACAAGGUACUGCAGAGGUCAGAGGAGGACCUCCUGGAGCUAAGGGACAAGAUCAGCAAGGGGGAGUGUGGGAACUCCAGCCUCAUGGCGGAGCUGGAGACCCUGCGCAAGAGAGUCCUGGAGAUGGAGGGCAAGGAUGAGGAGAUCACCAAGACGGAGAGCCAGGCCAGAGAGUUGAGGAAAAGGCUGCAGGAUGAGGAGACCACCGGCCGGGAGCUGAGGCUGGAGGUGGAGAAACUGCAGAAGAGAAUGGUGGAUCUGGAGAAACUGGAGAGGGCUUUCAACACGAGCAAAUCAGAGUGUGCAACACUUCAUAUUAACCUAGAAAGAGAGAAAGGACUGGCAAAGGACUUGGCUGGUGAGCUGGACACAGUGAAAAACCGUGUGAAAGAACUGGAGAACUCUGAGUCGAGACUUGAGAAGGCAGAGAUGGGCCUAAAGGAUGACCUGAUGAAGCUGAAGUCAUUUACAGUGAUACUAGUGGAUGAGAGAAGGAACAUGACUGAGAGAAUAAAACAGGAGGAGCAAAAGAGCGACGAUUUAAAUAAAAUGUUCAAAAUUGAGCAGAGUAAAGUUAUGGCGGUCACAGAAAAGUUGAUUGAGGAGAGCAAAAAGCUCCUCAGACUGAAAUCAGAAAUGGAGGUAAAAGUGACAUCUCUUACUAAAGAGAAAGAUGAACUGAAAAGUAAACUAGCAAGUGAAGAGGAAAAGUGCAGGGAUCUUAGCUCCAAGGUCGGCGUAAUAAAAAAACGAAUGGACGGGCUAGAGGAGGCAGAAAAGGUAUUGAUAAAAAUCAGAGCCAAUAAGGACAGCAAGAGACCCCUAGACGAGGAAAACAAAUUCAAGGAGCUAACGCAGGAAAUUGAAAGGCUAAAAAACCGCCUCAAACAGCUAGAAGUGGUGGAAGGUGACCUGAUGAAGACAGAGGAUGAGUACGACUUACUGGAGAAGAAGUUUCGAAUGGAGCAGGACAAGGCCAAUGCCCUCUCUCAGCUGCUGGAGGAAAUGAAGAGUCAGACCGCCAGGAACAAAGCCAUAGAGAAGGGAGAGGCGGUGAGCCAGGAGGCUGAGCUGAGGAUGCGCUGCAAGAUGGAGGAGGCAAGGACCAGAGACCUGCAGGCAGACGUCCAGGCCCUCAAAGAGAAGAUCCACGAGCUGAUGAACAAGGAGGACCAGCUCUCCCAGCUGCAAGUGGACUACUCUCUCCUCCAGCAGAGAUUCCUGGAGGAGGAGGACAAGAAGAAGAGCUUGAGCCAGGAAGUGAUCAACCUCACCAAAGAGCUGGAGGUCACCAAGCGCUACAGCCGCGCCUUGCGUCCCAGUAUGAAUGGAAGAAGGAUAGUAGACGUCCCUGUCACCUCCACCGCAGUCCAGACAGACGUGGUGGUCAGUGAACCUGCCGAGGAGGACACGCCUGCAGUGUUCAUCAGGAAAUCUGUCCUGGAAGAGAACCAUAUCAUGAGCAACCUGAGGCAGAGGGGUCUGAAGAAGCCUGUAACUGUGCUGGAGCGCUACCCCCCAGCAACCACCGAGCUGGGCAUGAGAAAAUCAUGGAUCCCCUGGAUGAAGAAGAAGGAUGCAGUGACGAUCACUCAGACCACCCCAGAGAAGACCCCAACCCCUCAGGACAACGGGGACUCCUCCCCUCGUCCACUAGAGCUGUCCAUGUCCCAAAAGCCAGGCCAGCCGUUGCACAUUCGAGUAACCCCCGAUCACGAGAACAGCACUGCCACUUUGGAGAUCACCGGCCCUCGUGCUGAGGACUUCUUCUCCAGCGCUACCAUCAUCCCCACAUUGGGCCUGCAGAGGCCUCGCAUCACCAUUGUUCCCAAGCCCACCACCGUGUCCUCAAAGAGCAAGCCGGGUGAGGGCGUGAUGGGGGGGCCUGAGCGGUGCAAGUCUCCAGUCACCAUCACCACCAUCUCCAGGGCCAAGUCCCCAGAUAGGAGUAAGAGCUCCUCCUACUCAGACUCGAACAGACCCCUCUCCCCCGUCUCCAUCAUCACAGUGAGCACCACUCCUGUGACGGAGGCCUUUGCCUCCGCAUCCCCAGAGCCCCAUGACAUGAGCACCAUGGGCCGGGCUGUGUUCAAAGUGACCCCAGAGAAGCAGACAUUGCCUAUGCCCGUCAGAAAAUACAACUCCAACGCUAGCAUAAUCACCACCACGGAGGACAACAAGAUCCACAUCCACCUGGGACCUCAGUUCAAGAGGCCAUCCGACGUCAGCAGUAGCAGCCCCACAGUGACGGUCAGGCCCCUUAGUGUGAGCACAGAGAGCAAGGAGACGCACCCAGGUACGGUGCUGCGCUCCCCGCGUCACCCCAACAACAUCACCACCGCUCCUGGGAAGACCACCCCCAACAAAUUGACCAGCAGCAUCACCAUCACCCCCAUCACCUUGGCACCGUCCAGGCCAACUCAGUCUGUGUUGCUACUGAAAUGUUUCAAAAUGAUAUCAGGUGGUGUCUGCUCCCUAGAUAGCGCUCUUUCCAGCCCGGGGCGGAUGUGCAGUCAACUCGUGCCGCAGCCACACGAAUCCCUAUGUCAAAAGGAAAUAUUGUGCACCAUGUGAUAGUUGAGCCCAGAUGAUGAGACUGUAAUGUGGAACUCCUUCCUUCACCUAUGACAAGUGCCCUGCACCCCUACUCUACUCUUACAGUGUGCCACCGCAACCAUAGGGUCAAGCCAACAGACGACAACCAUCGGAAAACAGUCAGAACUCCGCAUGCAGACGGUCAUGGAGAUUAUUUCUAACCUCAUGGCACCUAACAAGGCUCUCUUCUCAAUUCUGUGGGCUUUCUAAUAGUAUUACCUCUGGAUUCUGGCUUACAUCACUAUUGCGAAAUAGCCACAUGGAGUUGUAUAAAAGGGGUAUGCAACGUGUACUCUACAGUAGCUCUGGUCCAGGCUGUUACGUGCGGCUUGAGCGUUCUUCAAUGGAAGGCUUGAAGACUCAAGCCGCACGUGAUGCCCUUGACCCGAGCUAACUCUGCAGCGGUUUGUGUGAGAGGACAGAUACAUACUGUACCAGUCAAAAGUUUGGAAACACCUACUCGUUCAAGGGUUUUUCUUUAUUUUUACAAUUUUCUACAUUGUAGAAUAAUAGUGAAGACAUCAAAAGUGUUACACAACUGUUACACUCGCCCUGCCUCCUCCUCUGUGUUUGUGCUUUUACUUGCAGAUUGGGGACAAGUGGAGCUGAUUGGGUCGUUAAGGUGACAAGUUUCAACUGGGUUUGGGUUCAACUAGGAGAUAAAAGUUCCUGGUGCCCUGUCCUGGCUCUCUCUCUCCACAAGCACCAUUUUGUUUUGUGAUCUGGUUGAUUAUGUUUUUUGAUUAGGCGCACCCUUCAACACAUUUUACCUUCAUCCAUGCAUCUUCAUUACACCCCUCACAUGCCUACUUUCAUACUUCACAGGUUAGUUCGGUGGAGAGAAGACCACGAAGUCUCUUUUUCCUGUAUUGUCUAGAGACACUUUGUUCUGUUCCUUGUUGGGUCAUCGGAUUAUGGAGGUGAGUUGUCUUUGCAAUGUAUAACAGUGAGAAGUUGAGGCAGACAUAACUCAUUGCCCAGAGCUAUGGUCUUUCCCCCUGUUCGGUAUAGCGGAGUGUUCCCACUGGGAGCAAGUCUGUGUGUGUGUGUGUGUGUGUGUGUGUGUGUUUGUUAUUUUUGUGUGUUUUGACAGCGGUCAAAGCAGUUGUCUCUGGAGCACGUGGUUCGGGGUUGGUUACUAGCAAGCUGGUUCCUCCUUCGUGCCAGCGGGCUCUAGUGCAUCAAUGCCCGCCGCAAAGCCACUGAAGACUAGGGUUAAGUUUAACAAUAGGAUUUGGGGUAACUCACGUAAUACUCAUCUGUUGUGGCACUAUUAAGUUAGCUAUGUACUUGUACUAAUCUGCUCAUUUGGUAGUAGAAUUAUGGCUUCUAUUGAGGAUUUUGUUCGUGUUCCUUCUGAAGAGUUGCUUAUGCAGUUUACGAAGGAACAGCUUUUGAGUAUUAUGAGUUUAGUGACAAAUGUCUCAAGGAUCCAGUGAGGUCUAUUGUCAGCUAAUUUGCUUUCAGCUGGUAUUUGAAGGCAGAAUUGAGUGAACCUAGUCCAGCUGUAUUGGCUGAACCAAUUGUGUCUAGUGCUGGUUUGAAACUUGGAGUUACUUUUAUUGCAGCUAAAUCAUGACAAAGAUCUGGAAAGGUUUAGACAUCAAAAAUCACUUGAUUUGAAAGGUUGAAGCAGGAUAAGGCGCAAGCUAAACUGCGGUUGCAACAUCCGCGAGAAUGACGCUACAGUGUGUUUUGACUGGUAGGGCUCACUCAUCUCUUAGCGCUACAGAUAGCGACGAUUACGUAAUGGUUAAAACUGCUGUCCUGCAUACUUACGAGUAGGUCCCUGAAGCGUAUCGACAGCAUUUCAGAAUAUUGAAGAAAGGUGAAAAACAGUCCCAUGUUGAGUUUUCACAGGAUUUGUUAACUCAAUUCAAUCUUUGGUGUACUGCGUCAGCAGUCACUAGUUUUGAAGCUUUGUACAACCUGGUUGUCCUCGAACAACUUAAUCUGUCCCUGAUUGUCUUGCCAGCUAUAUAAAUGAACAGAAAGUACGGACUGCAUCUGAAGCUGCUGUUUUGGCCGACGUGUACGUACUGACCCCCAAAGGCAGUUUGAUGGUCCCGUAUGUGAGAUUGGGGGCAGAGGAACAGUUCAAGUGGAUUUCGGUCAGCAAAUUCCUUUGGUUCUGGUAAUGACGCAUUUCCAUCUAGAGCCAAACAUGUUUCAUGUGGACAGAAUGUAAGUAAAAUCUGUAAUUAUGAUGGUAAAGGCCACUGGAAGAGCUAAUGUCCUGUCCUUGGUAAAAAGGUCAGCAGAUUGGCCAGUACAAAGUAGUCGUGUCUGUGACGCAUCUCGUCUGGUUUCUCAUAACCCAUCCCAUGUAGGGAUUAUCGCAUAAAACCUACAGAGAUUCCCGGAGGUAUUCUCUGCAAGCGCUGUGACUCGUGCUAUGAGCUGUGCUGACACUAGGGUCAAAACGGAACUUACACAACACAUAGCUGAACAGUUUGAUAAUCGAUUAAGGAGUGCUGCCCAGGGUUACUACAUUCAAAGUCAGUUGUUGGUGAGGAAAUGGACACCUCACAGCAAAGGUUGCGGGUGACGCUAUUGUUCAGAUCGUGGCUCCUAAGCUUCGAGAUCAAGUUUUGAAAACAUCUCAUGAUGUUUCUGAUCACUUAGGGGUUAGUAAAACGUAUGCUAAAAUUUUGCGCCAUUUUUAUUGGCCUAGUAAUCGGAAAUGUCUUUCUUUAAACAUCUAAACAUACCAUGUUUGUCAGCUGACUGGGAAGCCUAAUCAGAUUUAAAGGCCAGUCCCGCUACAUAUAACCUAUUCCUGCUACAGGCCAGCCAUUUGAGCAUUUGAUUAUUGAUCGUGUUGUUCCCUUACCCUGUUCUAAACCUGGUAGCACCUACAUGUUAACUGAUUUGUCAGGCUACGAAAUAUCCUGCAGCCUAUCCACUUCGGAACAUAACUACUAAGUCCGGCUUUGUCACAGUUCAUCUCAAUUUUUGGAAUACCUAAGGUGAUUCAGAGCGAUCAGGGUUCCAACUUCACUUCGCACAUAUUUGCACAAGUCUUGCAACAAAUGCAUAUAAAUAUAAAACAUAAUCAGGCCAGUGCUUUUCAUGCGCAGAGUCAAGGGGCCCUUGAGCGUUUAUCAGACUUUGAAGUCACGUGCGUACUGGGAUGAGGGGUUACCCUGGUUGCUACUCGCUGUUAGAGGUAUCAUGAGAGCACGGGGUUCAAUCCUAAUGACCUUGUUUUUGGUCAUACUGUGAGUGGUCCCCUUGCUGUGUUAAAGGAGGAUUGGAAGGUGGUUGAGCGUCCCCCAAAUUUGUCAUGACAGUGGUUUCCGACACAGGUUGUACAUAACUUUUGAAAUAGCUAAAGAAAAACGAGCAUCCUCUCAGGUGACGCUAAAAAGGUUUUGACCGGUGAGUUGCACUGCGACAAUUUAUUCCAGGGGACCAGGUUCUGGCCCUGCUGCCCAUUGUCGGUUCUCCUUUUCAGGCCAAAUUCAGCGGCCCAUACAGUUCAGAUCGGCGUAUUGCCGAACCACAAUCUGAUUGCUACCCCUGAGCGCAGAAAGGCGAAUCUGCUCUGCCAUGUCAAUUUGUUAAAGCCCUAUUAUAGUCGUUUGUCUUCUAAAUUGGCUAAAUCAGAACUGUGGUAAAACUGACGUGUUAAGUCCUGUUCUUUUGGUGGAAUCCGUUGAUCUAAGGUGAGCCACUCCACCUUCACAUACAGUGGCAGUGUGAUGAAGUGAUGAAGAGGGGUGCCAGGCCCUGAUGGUAUUUUGCAGGAUAGAUUGAUGAAUUCAGAGUUCCUUUGCAAACAUGGAGAGUUUGUUGGGUCACCUGUCUUAUUGUCAAGCAGAGUUAACGGAUUUGAUCACUGAUUUUCUGCCUUUGUUUGCUGACACACCUUCUCGUACACAUUUGUCAGUGCACGAUAUUGAUGUUGGGGAUGCUGUCCCUAUUAAACAACGUUUGUAUCGUGUCUCAUUGGAGAAGCUAUGUCACUUGGACUCAGAUUAAGUACAUGCUACUUAAUAAUAUUGCUGUACCAUCAUUCUCCAGUUGGGCAUUCCCGUGUCUCUUGGUGAGCAAGCCAGAUGGUUCUUAGAUUUUGCACUGACUACCGGAAGGUUAAUAGUGUGACACAACCUGACUGUUACCCACUGCCACGGAUUGUUGUCAUGGGCAUCCGGUGUGCCUCUUUAUGGUUUGUAUAGUAUUUGUCAACCUUUAUUAGUUAUGGUUUUUGAUCAGUUUUAUUUGUGGUUUUGUUUUUGGGUCUUUGUUUAGUGCCCAAUUUUUAUAGGAGGGGGUGUUACGCACCCCUCACUCUCCCUGUCUCCUGUGUUUGUGCUUU